GCGAUGUGGACUCCCAGAUAUUUAAAACAUUUCACCCUAUCCACAGGAUCCCCAUUUAUCCUCAAUGGAGUGUACGUCCUCGGAUGAUGUGCCCUCCUAAAGUCCAUGAUGAGCUCCUUUGUUUUUUUGAUGUUCAAGAGGAGGCUGUUAUCCUGGCACCAGAGUGCUAGAUCAGCCACCUCCUCCCGGUAGGCCUUCUCAUCGUUGUCUGAGAUCAGGCCCACCACCACAGUGUCAUCAGCAAACUUAAUUAUUGAAUUGGAGCUGAACCUAGCCACACAGUCAUGUGUGUACAGGGAGUACAAUAGGGGGCUGAGGACGCAACCCUGGGGCGAUCCUGUGCUCAGGGUGAGGGACUCCGAUGUAUUCCCUCCCAUCUUGACUACCUGGGGCCUGGCGGUGAGAAAGUCCAGGACCCAGGCACACGGGGAGGUGUUGAACCCCAAUUCCAUUAGCUUCCCGGCCAGUCUGGUGGGGACUAUCGUGUUGAAGGCUGAACUGUAGUCUAUGAACAGCAUCCUCACGUAGCCCCCCUUCUGGCUGUCCAGAUGGGAGAGAGCGGUGUGCAAGACCUGGGAGACCGCAUCGUCCGUGGACCUGUUCGGACGAUAUGCGAACUUCAACGGGUCCAUGUUCCGAGGGAGGAAGGCGCAGAUGCGAUUCUUCACCAGCCUCUCAAAGCAUUUCAUGACUUCCGAGGGUCCUGGUCAUUUCCUGAUUCUUUAGCAAGUCAAACCUUAAAUGAACAGCAAAAUAAAACCAACACAAAUUCUGGAUUUUCAGGGAACGUUGCAAUUGUAGUGGUACCCAUCUUCUUUCUCACUGGUCUUUUAGGGCUAUUAAUUUGCCGAGUUCUCACUAAAAAGGGCUACCGAUGCACAACGGAGAGUGAGUCAGUGUGUGAAGAGCUUGUUCCUGAUACAGAAAUUGAACCCCAUGAUAAUGAGUGCAAUGCUGAUACCAUUGGACAAGUGGUGCAUUGUAUUAUGAAAAAUCCAGCUAAUGUUGAAGCAUUGCAUGCUAUGGUAGACAAUAAUAAAGAAAGUGCCAAUGGUCCUCCCAGUCCACUUACUCCUGAAAGUCCUGUCACUCCCUCGUCACCAACCGGAAGCCCAACAAAGAACAAUUUUCAGCAUCUACAUACUGUUGGUGGAGCAGCAGGGAAAAGCUCUUGUUCACGUUGCAACCAUCGAAAGCCGAGGAGUAUAAAAGAAUUUCGGAGGAGUCGACCUGGGGAGGUCACAGUGUUAUCUGUGGGAAGAUUUCGUGUUACACAUGUUGAUCCAAAAACACGUUCCAGUUAUCAAAAAGAGUUGCUUCCAGUGCCUCCAGAAGGUGCCAACAAGAUCAACACCACCCACUCAGAUGACUGUGAAAUGCCAAACUCACCAACAAAAUUGAAUGAAAAAGAGGAAACUGAAGCUUUGCAGAAAGUUGUUUGAUGAGCAGUUGAAAUCACGUCAAGAGCAGGCAAGAGGUGUUGCACGUUCCUGAAUGAAAACCAAAAUAUCAAAUUGACUUUGCAUCGAACUGUAUAGAAGUGGUCUUUUUAAAUGUUUCCAGUAUUUUUUUAAAUGUUGUAUGGUUAUCCAUAUGAAAAAUUAGCAGAGGCCAAAACAUGUAAAAAUAUAUUUUUAGUCAUGAAUCAUAUAUGUAUUUACAUUGGUCAAUAUACUUGCUAGAAAUAUUUUGCCGUCAUUUCGAAUUCCUUUACAUUGAACUCAUUAAUGCCUCAUGGUGGGGCGGAGAUGGUUUGGGAAUGUAAAACAUUUUUUAUAUUGGAUUUAACAAAUAUCAUUUAUUUCCAUUUGUAAUAGCAGUAAUUAUAAUAUAAAUCUUAUGUAUUCAAGAAAGCUUUAUUUCUGCUAUUUAAACUGGAUAAUUGAAAUGAGGUGCUGUAAUCUGCUGUGGUGCUACAGAAGGGGAUAAAUCAGCAAGAUUACCGUUUGUGGCUCCACGAUCUUGACGUUUCUGCAUUUACAUUUGUUUGACUUAUUCUGAAUAAGAACAUGAAAUUUUGUCUUUCCCCUUCUGUGUUUCAAAUAUAAAAAAUUAGUCUCUUCGUUUCGAAAAAUCAUUUAAUUGAGGUACCAAAGGGCAUAUCAUUCUCAUGAAAUUUCAGUAAGAGUUUGAGCGAAUUGAGGCAAUUUGGAUAAAAAGGUGGUGGGAGGGAGAAUUAAAUAUAAAGUUUAAGAAAGAAAUGCAGAUGCUGGAAAAAUCAAAGUAGACAAAAAAUGCUUGAGAAACUCAGCGGGUGUGGCAGCAUCUACGGAGAGACGAAAUAGGUGACGUUUUGGGUCUCGACCCUUCUUCAGACCAAUAUAAAGUAACAUCUUCUAAUAUGCAUGGACUUGCAAAGAUGUGAAUCCAAAACAUGUAUGGUUUCCUGCAUGAAAAUGUUAAUGAUGGUAUUCUGGCUCAAUCUUCAAAUAACUGGGAAAUGCGUGGACUACUUUUCAAAUAAUAUUAUACAAAAUACCGGAUGGGUCAUUGCAGCUCCAUGUUUACUUUAAUAAUUUAAUCGUUUUUGAUGUAGUGAAGGGAACAUAUUUGUGCUGUAAGGUAAAGUAUGAUUUUCUUCACAAGUACACCCUUGUGAAGAAAAUGUUUUAAAUUGAUGUGGGUGUUAAGUAAUAGGCAAAAAAAUGGAUAAGAAAUAUACCUGAAUAGAUGAAAAAUUAGUUUUCUUAGCUCAAUAAAGUAAAAUUGACCUGCUAGUUUAUAAAUCAUGUCUAGCUAACCAUUGCAAAAUGCUAAUGGAGUACAACUAUUUGAAAAGGCAAUGCUGCUUAUCAAAAUAAAAACCUGCUUUUAUUUAAACUCCAUGCUCUUGACACUAGCAAAAAACAAAAAAAAAUGUGUAGUUCUGUCAUUCCAAUUUGUAAAUCAUAAGCACAAGACCCAAUCUAGUUAAUUUUCAACAGGGUUGAUACUCAAAUACUAAAAUUGACAAUUAAGUCUUCAAUUCCCUUGAGCUCCAACAGUCGAUUUGCUGACUAAUGGCUUUUCCUGGAAAGUGUGAUCAAUUUGGACAUGAUGUAUAAACAUCAAGCAUAGUGCUGUGCCCUGCUUGGAACAUUUUCUAUUGGUAGUCACUGCAGAAUAAAAUAUGAGGGGGAAAUGCCAACUAGUCAAACUGCUGGAAGGUGGGUCAAGAAGCAUCUGUGCACCAAAAUGAGCAGGUGAUGUUUUGAGUUGCGAUCCUUCUUCAGUUUGUUUUCCUUUCCCCUCCAAGUUUCCAACAUCUAGUCUUUUGUAUUUCCAUUUGCUAACUGGUCAUGUUGCUGAAGGAAUAAAAAGGCUAAAAUACAAGGAGUAUCAACAAUUAAAAUUGUGACACUUUUUAAGGAAUGGGAUGUUUCUGUGGUGGCCAAUCUUACAAAAACGAGGGUGCAAAACUCUUCUGUGUUGCAACAGAGCCAUUACAAUAAUUGUUUACGACUCAUUACCCUGACAUUGUAAAAUCGUACCAAGAUAUGUUUAUUUAAUGUUUACAUUGUAUUUAUGUGCAAUAAAGUUUCUUUAACAUUUAGCUCCCAUCCGCUGGUACUGCGCACAUAUGGUAAUAUGGCAGCUUUUAUUGGAUUGCAACAUUAUAUCUUGCAGUACUUGGUAUUUUGAUCUGUUUCUCUAGCUGUGCAGAAAUAGAAUUCAAGUUGUUGAAAUGUGUUCUGGAAAAAUACACCAUUAAGACAUCAAAUGUGUGAUUGUAGCACAUGGGUUCAGAAUUGUUUUUUUGCAUAUGGUUAAUUGACCUGACCAAAGGAACCUUUUGAGCGAACAAUCGGUAUACCAGUGAACUUAACACAAUAACUUUUCAUUUAGCAUUAACAGUUUCAGGACAUUCUUUGGGAGUAAAUGAAAAUAUAUGGUGUCCUGCAAAUAUUAAAGUUACCUUUUUAAAAAAAAGCUGUGGCAAUGUGUUCUGUGUAACAUGAAUCAUUUAAUAAUAAUCAAGCUGUUUUAUCCUUGGGUGGUACCCUUGAGGAAUAAACUUCAAUUAUGUGGAUUCUAGGAUUGUUCUUUGUGCAAUAUUCAUUUUUAAAACCUUUUUGUUGUGAUGUACUAACUUUAUGGCUUUACAUCCAUUUUUUUGGAGGCUUAUUUUGCAUAGUUUUUCUUUGCAGAUUUGUAAGUGUUCUGUAUACUUUGGCAGGUUUACUUUUUAAGCAUCCUAUCAUGCUUCUUGAAUGUAUCACAAAUGUUAAGCUUAGGAGUAGCUUUUGUGGGUGGGGAAUGCAGGGAGCAUGCAGGGAGGGAUCAAUUGAAACCUUGAUUCUUCUUGGUGCUGUGCCUGCAUUGGUUAGUAAUAUUUUAAAUCUACAUUUAAAACUACAUUUUAAUACAUGAAAUGUCUCUUGUUUAUGCAAAUGUUCAAUAAAAUAUUGUUGCUCUAGUCUAAUUGGAUAUUGCGAUGAGGUUCUUCAAAUAAAUUAACUAAUCCUUUAGUAGAAAAAUGCAAAAGAUUUGGAUAAGAUCUUAAACUAGCCAUUUUCAAUGCCUUAUUCUUAAUAAUGCUAUUCUAAUCAGAAAUGAGUGAUUGAACAAAUUGGAUUACAUUGCUGCAAUGGAGUUAAAUUAGAGUAAGCUGUGUAAUGUCAGAAUCCUUUUUGAAUCUGUUAUAAAAGAUGUAAUGGCAGGAACCUUAGAAAACGUCACUGGGAUUGCAAAAAAUUGGCUUGGAUAUGUGAAAGGAAAAUAAAGUUUUUGUUUGAGAAUGGGCCUCCAUCAUCUUGCAGAUGUAUGUGGUGUAUUUAGAUUUUUGCAAGACCUUUGAUAAUAUCCCAUGUAAGAGGCUAAUUCUAAAAUUAAAGCAUAGGACCUUGAGUAAUAUACUGGCAUAGAUCGAAAAUUAGUUGGCAGGCUGAAAAUUGAAGGAAUAAUUGGGUCUUUUUUGGGUGUGACAGGUAGUGAUUAGUCGGGUAUAACAGUGCUCAGCAUUUCUCCAGCCAUUCAUAAUAUAUAUACCAAAUGUAACAUUUCUAAGUUUUUGCUGGUUUUAUGAAAUUGGUGGGAUUGAAACUCUGGAGGAGGAUGCAUUG